CUGGUAUAAAUAUUGUGUCAAGAGUCACCAUCUCAACAUCUGAAACUUUUGGAGGAGCAAGUGAAUAUUAAAACCAGCACAGGAUGCAGGCAUUAAUUAUUACAAUAUGCCUGAUUCAUGGAUUUGCCUACUCAAAACUAAUAAGAACAAAGAGAGCUACAAAUUCAGAAGGCUUUAUGAAUAUUAAUGAACUUAUCAUCCAUAAAGGCUACCUAAGCGAGGAGUACAAAGUGAUGACAGCAGAUGGCUAUAUUCUUACCUUGAACAGAAUUCCAUCUGGCAGAAACUAUCAAAUGGAUUUUGGUAGGAAACCUGUAGCAUUUCUCCAGCAUGGUUUGCUAGGAGAUGGAAGCAACUGGAUUAUCAACUUCGCCCACAACAGUUUGGGUUUCAUCCUCGCAGAUGCUGGAUAUGAUGUUUGGAUUGGAAACAGCAGGGGAAAUACUUGGUCCAGAAGUCACCAAAAUCUGUCUGUGAAUGAAGAUGAAUUUUGGGCUUUCAGCUUUGAUGAAAUGGCAAAGUAUGAUCUUCCAGCUGUCCUCAAUUUCAUUCUACAGAAAACUGGCGAAAAACAGUUGUACUAUGUUGGCCACUCACAGGGUGCUACAAUAGGAUUUAUAGCAUUCUCAAUGAUGCCAGAAUUGGCUCAGAAGAUCAAGAUGUUUUUUGCCUUAGGCCCUGUGACUAGACUUAAGUAUGCCAAAAGCCCUUUAAUAAAACUUAUUCAUCUGCCAGAGAGGUUCCUUUGGACUAUGUUUGGCAAAAGAGAAUUCCUUCCCCAGAAGUGGCUAGUUAAAAAGGCUCUUGCUACUUUCUGCAGCCGGCGUCCAUUCACUAGUGUUUGUGGAAACAUCUUUUUCUAUCUUGGUGGUGAUAACAGGAGAAAUAUAAAUAUGAGCCGAAUAAACAUAUAUGUGGCCCGAACACCAGCUGGAACAUCAGUACAAACUAUAUUGCACUGGAGCCAGAUUUUUCGUUGUGGAUUAUUCAAGGGUUUUGACUGGGGUGAUGAGAGGAAGAAUAAAAAGAAGCACAAUCAGCCUACUCCUCCAUUAUAUAAAGUGAAAGAUAUGACAGUUCCAACUGUGGUAUGGACCGGAGGAAAAGAUUUACUUUCAGAUCCAAAAGAUAUUGCUAUUUUAUUGCCUCAAAUCAAACACCUUGUUUCCCAUAAAUCCAUUCCAGACUGGGCACACCUCGAUUUCAUCUGGGGUCUGGAUGCACCCCAACGCAUGUAUAAUGAAAUAAUUGCUCUGAUGAAGAAGUAUGCAUAAUCUCUUCCAAAACAAAACAAAACAAAAUGGAUAACUGGAGCAUAAUGAUCUUCACUGUAAUUCUCCCCGUGUUUGUCACCUAUCGCAUCAUCCCUUGAUUUAAUGUGCUAUUUGUAGUUUUGGCUGCAGUGACAGAUCUCUGUAAUACACAUUGGAUAAUGUUAGUUUUUUAAAAUAUAUAUUUUCCAUUUCAAACAUUGAAAUUGCAAUCAAAAUUGCUCCCCACUCAUACAGUACAAUUUAAAUCAGAAUCAUUUUCCCUUUUUGAAUUCAGUUGAGUUGAAGACAAAUAUCGUGUUUUCCCAAAAAUAAGACCCUGUCUUACAUUUUUUAAUAAUAAAAUAAGGCCAAACGAAAUAAGCAUUUGGCCUUAUUUUCAGGGAGGUCUUAUUAUUUUGGGGCGCAUGGAGCAAGAUGAGGCACCUCUUGCCAUCUUACCUGAUUUCCAGAUCUGUGUUUAAAUACUUUUGGGGAGGGCUUAUUUUUGGAGGGAGGCUUAUUUUAGCGCAUGCAUUCAAAAGCCCGAUUGGGCUUAUUAUCAGGGGAUGUCUUAUUUUUGGGGAAACAGGAUACACUUUUGGAACAGUAUUAUCAGGAAAAGAGGGGGAGGGGAAAGGUAAUACAAACAGUUGUCAACUUACAAUAAGGCAGUAACUAUAUUGAAGUCUGCUAUAUAGUGCAAUAUUAAUGCAAUAUUGGUUUUCAAUUGAAUUGUAUAGAAUGUGAAGGAUGUAUGUUUGUGUUUUAUUUUUAUAAUUAUAUUGUUACACUGCAGAUGGCAUUUAAUUUCAUUGUACGAAGUGCAAUAACAAUAAACUAAACUAAACUAAACAAGAGUAACGGAGCCUGCCUAGGACAGUUGUAAGUCAUAAUGGUUGUUAAAGUAGGUUAUCAUCUAACCGACUUGAAUUUACAAGAGGUUUUUUUUUUUGUGUGUGGCUAUCAUCAAGUGAGCCUUGUGGU